GUUCGAACACCACAGUCUCCCCGUCUGGACGGCCAUUCAAAAUCAGAAUCUAAAUUCAAAUUUACUCACAAAAUUUUUGGAAGUGCGAGUGUUCGGGCAUAUAAAUUUCUAGUUUCGACAAAACAAAAGCCUAGCCAAAAUUAUUUCCUUUGAAAAUGGACAAGUCUGAUAAAACUGAGAAAACUGAGAAAUCCGAUAAGUCUGAGAAGCCAGAGAAACCUCCCAAGAUUGCAGGAAACUUCCUCUACAUGUUCGAGUUCGUAGUGGACGAUCUGCUGAUCACACGCCAGAAUCUUUGCGCUCCGGAGGAGUAUCCAACCUGCACAGAGAUCACGUUCCGCUCGUCGGUUUACGUGAAUCUCUGCGAUCGGGAGGUGGGCACGUGUGUUAACCCCUGUUCGCCCAAGUGCGGCAAGUGCGCCCUCUUCACUCUGGACUCCCCCAUUACGGACAAGGAUGUGCUGCAGGUGCAUGUCUAUAAGAAGCGCACGGAGAGCUGCAAGUUCCUGAUAGGACUGUCGGAGCUAAAGGUGAAGCCCAUCUUCGACAGGGUGAAGGAGUCCUUUGACAUCGAGAAUCCUGACUGGGAAGACGCCAUGCUGGGGCACAUCGCCCAGCUGCCCAAGAUGAAGGGUCCCACCAGCAAGGGCCUCCUGGACAACUGUGCCUGCUACGAGAAGCUGAACGAACGUCACGAGCAGUGGUGUCCCACAUCGGAGUUGUCCAAGCGACUGCUGCCCCUCUUCAAUCUCUGCAAGAUGCAGACUGGCAACAUAGUGCUGAUCCUUAGAUUGGUGUGCAAUGGUCCGACCAUUGUGUCCACGUUCCCCUUCAGCAAGGUCUGCUCCCGCAAUCCCAAGUGCCCGGAGCCCUGCUGCGGUCCUUGUGGCCCCUGUGGUCCCUGCGGCCCCUGCCCACCACCUCCCAGCUGCGGCUCGUGCCCACCGCCUCCUAGCUGUGGCCCACCAUGUCCUCCACCCUGCGACCCCUGCGAUCCGUGCGAUCCCUGCAGUCCCUGCUGUGGCGGCGGAACUGCCACCGGCGGGCCCAUGGAUAAGAAGGGCUGCAAGGGCUCGUGUGCCCAGCCUCCUUGUCGUCGCUGUACAAUGGUGGAUCCUUGUGCCAAGCGAGUUGAGCCUCCGGCAAAGUGCCUCAGGUACUACUCGUGCAAUCUGGACAAGCUCUGUCCCUGUGACUACUGCGAGGACGAGUUCGAUAGAGAAUGCCCCACUGUUCCCACAAAGCGUUGCAAUCUCUCGCCGAUCGAACAAAAGCUGCAGAAAUGCGGUCCCUGCGGCGGAAUUCCACCGUACCCACGCUUCAUCCAGGAGAAGAUGCAGGCCGAGCUCUUGAACAAACCGGAAAAGGAUCCCAAGAAGGACAAGGAUGGCAAAAAGGGUGGCAAGGAUGGAAAGGACGCAAAGGAUGGAAAGGGUGGCAAGGACGACAAGGGCAAGAAGAAGCGUCAGGCUGGAGGUGCUGUUUGCCGCGUAGGAGACGAGAAUAGUCCGUCCGCCGUCUACGAAGACUGCGAUCCUGUCUGCGCAGGAGUCCUCCAGGCGACCAAGAAAAUUCGGUACAAGGAGCCCACUGUCAGGUGCAACGGACGGGAGGAGGAGUACGAAAUGGCCUGUGAUGAAGCGCGAAAACGAGCUGUGCGGAAAUUGCGCCACUUACUGGUGAAGUACAAUAUCCAAAUUGAGAAUUGAAGGCUUUCGGAAUUGAGAUUUCAGCUUGAGCCUAGUGAAUAAUUGUAUUGACUUACACACUCAAUCACUCAACCGCACAACAUGGCCAAGAAGAGGGGAAGAAAGGGCAAGAAGGGCAAGAAGCCAAAGGUCGACUGCAAGUUCAAGAUCACCAAUGAGAUGCUCAAGCCCAUGAACGAGAGUAAGUACACGCGGAUCCCUGCACCGAAGCUCGGGCUUAAGGAUGAUUCAUCCCUUCCAAUUGGUAUCCUCAGAUGUGGACGACUGUGAUGGCUGCUGUCAGUGCGCCUGCGAUUGCGACUGCAGUCCGGAGUUGGCUCCCUGCUUCAUCCAGCCGACCAAGCCGGAUCCGGGUCCGGAGGCGUACGACGAGUUCGAGGCCUGCCUCAAUGGCAGCGGUCUGACCAUACGCGUACUCAAGAACACCCACAAGGUGGAGAGCGUGAUGGAUGGCAGCGAGACUGCGCCCAAUCUGGGCGCAGGCGAUGAUCCCUGCUAUCGCGAUGACCCCAAUGACUGCGAGCCCGCAAAGGAGUCCUGCCUGCACGAUAUGCUCCAGCGCAGCUCCUUCGCUCGCAACCACAUCAAGCGCCGGACCGGCGGCCGCAUCAUCAACCACCCGAACAUCCCCAAGGUGCGAGCCAAUAUCAAGUACUCUGGGAACGAUGCCUGCGAGACCGACAACUACUACGUGCCCUUCUCGAAGAUCAAGGAGGCCUGCGACUUCCAGGAGGCCAAGGUCGACUGCUACCGCCAGCGACUCUGCGGCGGAUCCGAUCCCAUCGUGCCCGCGCACUGUCCCGUCCAGAACCAGCGAUCAUGUUGCAUGCAGGUCGAGCGGAAGGACAUCAUGGACACCAUGAAGGGUGUCAAUUUGGACACAAGGCGCAAGGGUAUCGAGGUUUGCUACAAGACCUGCGAGGAGACCGACAGCGACGUGUUCCUAGUAAAACUGGGAAGUAAGGCCAAGUCGCAGCACAAGAAGAAUACCAUCGAGAUCGAGCUGCGGACGCCCAAGCAGCCCGUAACCCUUCCGAUCAGCAAGGUGACCACGGAGACCUAUGUUUCCGAGGAGAUGCUAACCGGUGGCAAGAAGGGGAAGAAGGGCAAGAAGGGCAAGGGCAAGAAGGGCAAGGGCAAGAAGAAGAAGUAGACCAAGAGAUCCGUAGGCGGAUCCCAUUCCCAUCGACCGGACUUGACGCUUACCCUUUCGGAACACAUCCUUUGGCAUUUUGGAAGCGACUCUUUGAAAAUUCACAGCAGCAAUUAUUGAAAUUUGGCUCUGGUACUAACCCAUUCAUAUUAACCCGUCCAGUAAGAUGCACGAACACUCACUUUUUCGACUAGUUACGUAAAUGUAUGCUUUUGAUUGAAUUAAAAUUAAGAAAAAAAAAAACAAU